CUCUUGAAAUCUCUCAUUUACAGUUUUUUGAAAAAAUUUUUUAUUAAAACAUUUAUUAAAGUAUUAUAAGGAAUAAUAAUUUUAUACAACUAUAAUUCUCAACUCUAAUUCUCAACAAUGGUAAAGUUUUUUCAGCAUACAUUCAAAUACGAAUAUAAUUGGGAUUGCGUAACAUUAGCUUUUUGGUUACGCUACCCAAAUCCUUUUGCUUCGCACGUUGAAAGCGUUGACGUGAUUGAUAGGUACAUUGAUCCUAAUACGGGUGUAUUAAGAACAACAAGAUUGAUAUUGAAACGUGGCGUUAUACCAAAGUGGGGAAGAGGGCUAAUUAAGAAUUCUGAAGCAUGCAUUAUUGAAGAGUCUAUGGUUAAUCCCAAGAAUAAAACGAUGAUUACUCUGACAAAAAAUAUAACUCACGCUAGAGCGAUGCAAGUUGAAGAAUGGCAAACAUAUCGAGUAGAUCCUAAUAAUCGUGAAUAUACUCAAGUUAAAACCGAAGCCAAAAUUAUUAGCAACUUUGGAUGGGGAUUGACGGAUCGGGUUGAACUUCUUGGGAUUAAAAAAUUUACUGAUAACACUAUGAAGAGUCGAAAGGGUAUGUCACAUGUUUUAGAAAUGAUUCGAGAGAAACGUGGUAGAGGAUUCAUGACCAGCUAACUUGCACUAGUUUAAUCAAAAAAAAAAAAAAAAUU